CCUGAGAGGGCUCAGCGAUGUCUUGAUGGAGUAUGGGCCAGGUUUUAGGAUUCUCCCACUGCCAGGAAUAUGGCUCAGUGGCCUCCACUCCAGAUUCGACACCCCCGUGCACCGACGGUGGUAAUGAGGAGUCAGAGCUGCAAACAGCGAGGGACUGGUCAGAGGAUGAAGCGGUUGGAUUCGAUGAUGACGACGGGCUGGCCUCCUCCCCAUCCAUCUGGGGCACGCCGCGUCAGAACUCCCUCGAGCUGACGUUCUCCUACAUCGCCAUCGCCGAGCCUGAGGCCCUGGGGGCCUCACGCACCCACCGGGAGAGGCGCAGGGGCGCCUCGCGGGGAAGUCGGACCUCCCUAGUGCGCACGGACACCCCGGAGACACCGCUGGACUCCCCCGACGUUGACUGGGACACACAAGGCUUCCUCAGUCGGGCCAAUGCGGAGGAGGAAAGUCUGGACAUGAGGACCACAAGCCCAAGAAGGAGGAGGCGGCAAAAUGAGACCGUAACAAUGCAGCCAUCGCCCCAAACUGUAGACAUAGAAACUCAGGAGGGCGAUGCAGGGAUCAUAACUGAGGAGAGUAGUUUGAUCCAGAUUUUAUCUCAACCACAGAUACUUCCAGCAGCAGCGGCAUGCUUACCGACCCCCAAGCCUGAGUCAUUCAUCAUUUCAGAGGAGCCCCAGCAACCGACUGAACCCGGGUCCAUGUCACCGGAUGCCGCCGCUCCAGCUACUCAGGAAAAGCUGCUGAGCCAGUGUUGGUACUCAGCACUUAACCCAUCAGCCAGCACCUUAGUGUCCCCACACAAAGAAGUCAUGGACCUGAUCUACUGGAAGGACACGGAGCGAACGGGAAUUGUGCUGACGGGGCUCGUGGUGGGCCUACUGUGCCUGUUCCAGCUCAGCAUCAUCACUGUGGUGUCCACAGCGUCUCUCGCCAUCGUGUGCUUUACCAUGUCAGUGCGCAUCUACUACAAAAUCCUCCAUAUGCUCAACUGGGGUGAUGGAGAACACCCUUUCAAGUCAUACUUGGACAUGGACAUCAGUUUUAGUGGGGAUCAGACUGAGUUGUACAUGCAGAAAGUCAUUGUCAUGACUCUGUAUGCUGUAGACAGUCUGAAAAGACUCUUCUUUGUCAGCAACCUCUUGGAGUCCCUCAAGUUGCUGGUCCUGAUGUAUCUUGUUACAUACCUGGGAGAUCUGUGCAAUGGCCUCACGCUCCUCAUCAUAGGUGUGAUCGCUCUCUUUUCUUUGCCACUUUUCUACCGACGGCAUCAGGAGCAAGUGGACAACAUUAUUGGAAGGAUCCAGGCCCACAUUGACAACUUAAAGGACUUCAUACGAAGACUGGCCCACGGCGGUGCCCCCCCACCCGACAUGACCCCGGGUGGUGCCAAACCUAAAAUCCAAUAAACAUGAUGGAUGACAGGAUCACGAGAAGCUGCGGGCCGUCACGCCGCCAUCUUACCGAGCAAAGCAGUCCCAGCUCCACAUGACCGGGCUCCUGAGUCCAGGAGGACGGGAUGUUUACUAUUAAAACUGUGUCUAAGUUAUUGUGUUUUUAGAGGGUUAAUUCUUAAUCAAGAUGUAUGAAAACAAAGACGUUUUUUUUUUUUUUAAUAAAUUAUCCAAGUGUCUGUUGAAAGCUGUCGUCCAAAUGAGGCUCCUUGCACCCCAUAUGGAAACUUCCUGUUCAUUAUUGAUGGCAGUGUCACAUUGACAGUUGGGGUGCUUGUUAAUUUCUGAAUGCAUAUGAAUUUUUAUGACCGUUUCGUGUGUAUCUGCCUGCGUGUGUGAGUGAAGAACUCAUUGAAACAAGCAAUUAAAUUCACUUUUUGUCCUUUUUCAGACUUUGCCAUCAAUGUUUUCUCAUGUCAACUCAUCACAUUGUGCAUUAUUGUAGUUUGACCAUCAUUUAUGGGCAUCAUUAUGUUUGAAAGGAUAUGUGGUCAGAUUUCUUUACGAGGAAAUGUAAGUAUAGGUGCCUUUCUUACUGCAGGUUCAAGUGUAUUCAUGAUUUCAGCUUACUCACACAAGCAAACACAGCCCUUGUUUACGUGCACCUUGCCCUUGGAAAAAUUGACUUUUGUACCUGUACGAUGCCUUUGUGAUGA